GCUUAUUGCACAAUCUAUUGGGCAAGCAUUUUCCAUUGCUUAUCUGAGAGUUUUUGAAAGAAAAUGGAAUAGAUGAUCCAAGUGUUGCUGAAAUGGACUAUAGUGAAGUACUGAAUUCACAAGAGAUUUAUGGAGAUGAUCUUAUGUUAUUUUCUAAAAAAGAAUGUGAAAAAGAGAUACUGAUAGAGAAAGAGCGUGGUGAAAUAAUGGGUAUUGUAAUAGUGGAGUCUGGUUGGGGCUCAUUAAUACCCACAGUGGUUAUAGCCAACAUGUCACCAUUUGGUGCUGCUGCCAGAAGUGGCAAAUUAAACAUAGGUGAUCAGAUUAUGACUAUUAAUGGUGUUAGUUGUGUUGGUUUACCAUUAGCAACAGUCCAACAACAUAUCAAGUCUUUGAAAACACAGUGUUUAGUAAAGUUUAAUGUAGUCUCCUGUCCGCCUGUUACUCAAGUUAUAAUUAAAAGACCAGAUAUUAAAUAUCAGUUAGGAUUUAGUGUGCAGAAUGGCACG